AGGAGACGACCAGAGACUGCAGACAUAGUACAGGAGAUGACCAGAGACUGCAGACAUAGUACAGGAGAUGACCAGAGACUGCAGACAGUACAGGAGAUGACCAGAGACUGCGGACACAGUACAGGAGAUGACCAGAGACUGCGGACACAGUACAGGAGAUGACCAGAGACUGCGGACAGUACAGGAGAUGACCAGAGACUGCGGACACAGUACAGGAGAUGACCAGAGACUGCAGACAUAGUACAGGAGAUGACCAGAGACUGCAGACACAGUACAGGAGAUGGCCAGAGACUGCGGACACAGUACAGGAGAUGACCAGAGACUGCGGACACAGUACAGGAGAUGACCAGAGACUGCGGACAGUACAGGAUAUGACCAGAGACUGCAGACAUAGUACAGGAGAUGAUCAGAGACUGCAGACAUAGUACAGGAGAUGACCAGAGACUGCAGACAUAGUACAGG